AAAUGAGCGCUUCAGUCUUCCAUUCGAUAUGUUCUGGCAGCAAAAUUUAUUUCAGGCGCAUUACGCCAUAUUUUAUGCGCCUAGUACCGGUACCGGUAACGUCGACUGUGCAUGCAAAUUGACAGGCUAAUUCGUGGCAAUCCUUCCCGGUAUCGGACACUUCCUGAAGGUCCGCAUAUGACCUUUUGGGCAUGGGGUAUUGUACUAAUGGUCACAUGUGGACCGACCGCAAAAACGGCAGGAUGCGGGUGUGCAACAGCUGACGCGCCUGGUGGCCCAGAAGCAAGCGCACCCUUACCUUUCAGUGCAGCCUUUCGCUUUAAACGCGUAAACAAAGGAAGACGCUCUCUCCCAGAGACUAGCCAAAGUUCAGAAGACAAGGCUCAAGUCAAACUCUUUUCUGAGUAUGAUAUUGUUCGCGAAUCUCACGACCUUCCAUCCCCAUUUCGAUGGGUCAAUCGAGCGUUGUUGAGAGAUUUGCGAAUGGAUCCGAUUGAGGCAGCGAGCGGGUAGAGUAUGACAAAGCGAUUGUUCGGUCCAUCCUCG